AUGGCAGAAGCAGCAGGGGUCUUGUAUGCAGUCGAGCACCUAGUCGAAGGUGGCCUCGCGCUGGCCAAAGGCAUUUACGACCCAACUCUCCCACUCAAAGCAACCAUCAGACCUAUCACUGAUGUAGACUUACCACGAGUACAUCACAGUAUUUCUGAGGUCAAAGGGAGGGCAUACAUCUUUGGAGGAAAAACGCAUGGUAACCAGGUUAGUAACGUUUUGGAGGACAUAAUCAAGAACGAGAUGACUGAUAAACUCCAGCUAGCUGACAAUGCUAUGCACAUGAUCAUUCUUCCUUCCUCAGGUAUAGAAAGCACAGAUUAUCAACGCCUUGAACCGACAUCUGCAUCUCCACCUGCAAGAUAUGGUCACAGUACAGCAGUCAUAGACGACCAAAUCUACAUCUUCGGUGGCUCGGACGCGAACGGGCUUCUCAACGAGAAAGGUAAAGUGUGGGUCUUCAACACGGACACGAAUUCAUGGUCAAGUCUGGAUGCUGCUGUGGGAGACGUGCCAAAGGCGAGAUAUUUUGCAGCUGCUACUGCAAGUACACAGCCUCAGCCUGAGCAUCAGAGGACCGAUGAGAAUGUAGCUCCACAGCUGCCUCCUGAUCCGGCGAAGAUGGUGCCUGAACCUUUGAGCCCGAGCACGUAUGGCACUUUCGUUUUGUUGGGAGGUAUAUGUGAAGGUGAAGACAGGUAA